GUCUUUACUAGAUAGGGUAGGAGUACGGUUUAUAUAAUUGUGAGAUUAUAUUGGAUUUACUUUAUUGUUGUUGUUUAUUACUUUUCGUCCCUUUUGCAUUUUUUUUUUAAUUAUCUCAACUAAAUUUUGUUUAAAUAAUUCUUAAACAAUGGGAAUCCGAAUCGAACCCCAAAAUUAGGUGGGAAACCCAAAAAAAACACCCACAAAAAGCCACCACCAACUAACGUGCUGUUCUUUAGACCAUAAACACAGUUAGUGUAGGAUUAACUAUAAAUUCGAGCUGAGCUCCACUCAACUUCCUUCACUAUCCCCUGAAUUUUGGAUUGAUGCAGCAAUCUUUGCUUGUUUCAGUUCCGGGAAGACCACCAGUAUAAAUAGCGAUUACGCAUUGGUCAUAAGCUAACUAUACACUUUCCAAAGAAACAAAAGAAGUUCACAACUAAGGUGCUUGACCCCAAUGGUGUGUCGUAGUGAUCAAUGAAGUGGGUUGAAAACCAUGAGGUUUCAAGUUCAAAUUUCAGCAGAGACAAAAAACAUUAGGUGAUUUCUUCCUAUCUAUUCAAGCCUUGGUGAACACUGAACAGAGUUACUUGACACCUGUUGUUGGUGGGAGGUAGCAGGUAUCCCUUGGAAUUAGUCGAGAUGCGCGCAAGCUGACCUGGACACCACGGUUAUCACAAAAUCUAAGAGGAAAUAAUGGAUGAGGCACCACCAAAGUCAUUACGGCAAAAAAUGUCAGCCUAUUGGACAACGGCGUGUGAAAUGUAUUACAACAAACCAAUUUCACACUGGAUUCUUCUGUUUCUAGGUAGCAUGGGGAUGCUUGUCGCGUUCCCUGCUUCUAGCCUCUUGUCCCGUAUAUAUUUUGCAAAUGGUGGGAAGAGCAAGUGGAUAAUUUCAUGGGUUUCAGUUGCAGGAUGGCCUCUCAUCGCGAUAGUCCUAAUUCCUUCGUACUUCUUUCUUGAAGUGUUCCCGACGCCACUUGACUUAAAACUAACUUUAUCUUAUGUUGUAUUGGGAUUCUUGAGUGCUGCUGAUAACCUCAUGUAUGCAUAUGCCUAUGCUUACCUGCCAGCAUCAACUGCUGCUCUUUUGGCCUCGACUUCCCUGGUUUUUUCUGCACUAUUUGGAUAUCUUCUCGUGAAAAACAUUAUCAAUCUAUCAAUUAUAAAUUCUAUUGUGAUCAUUACUGCUGCCAUGACGAUCAUUGCUCUUGACUCUAGUUCAGACAGGUAUGGCUAUAUCACCGACCAUCAAUACAUUAUAGGUUUUGUGUGGGAUAUACUGGGAUCUGCACUCCAUGGUCUAAUAUUUGCCUUGUCAGAGUUGGUUUUCGUGAAAUUACUCAGUAAAAGAUCGUUUCUUGUUGUUCUGGAGCAGCAACUCAUGGUUUCCCUCUUUGCCUUUAUAUUUACAACAAUCGGACUUGUUAUAAGUAACGGUUUCCAUGGGAUGAAAUCUGAGGCAACAACAUUCGAGGGCGGAAAAAAUGCAUAUUACUCGGUUAUUGUUUGGGGAAUAAUCACUUUUCAGCUGGGAGUCUUGGGAGCCACUGCAGUUGUUUUCCUCUCCUCUACUGUUUUGGCCGGUGUCCUUAACGCGGUAAGAGUGCCGGUUACAAGCAUUGCAGCUGUUAUAUUGUUGCAUGAUCCUAUGAGCGGUUUCAAGAUUCUGUCUUUGACUAUUACAUUCUGGGGAUUUGGCUCUUACAUUUACGGCAGCUAUAGACCUGCCAAAAAGGAUGCCCCGCAAACUAUUUCUUAGUUUUUGUGGUUUUUCCCAUUAUUUCAUCUUUCUCACCAUUGAUAGGAUUGGAGAUCACAAAGUGUAUGUAUAUGUUUAACUGGCUAAAUUAUACAAAGUUGAAACUAUAUAGUAAUAUACAUGCACAAGAUGUAUGUACUCUCUUGUGUAAAAUGUUAAAGUUCUCUCUUUGUGCUA